GGUGCCUUAGCGCAGCGCUGUCGCGGCCCCAGUCGUGCCGUAGAGGUGACCUCGAGGCUGUCGGACCCGCCGCUCCUCUCAGCCAUGGGUGAACCCAUCAGAGUCCUGGUGACUGGAGCUGCCGGGCAGAUUGCUUACUCGCUGCUCUACAGCAUUGCCAAGGGAGAUGUCUUUGGCAAAGAACAGCCUCUUGUUCUGGUGCUGCUGGAUAUCACCCCCAUGAUGACUGUAUUGGAAGGUGUAGUGAUGGAGCUGCAGGACUGUGCUCUACCGCUGCUGAGAGAGGUCAUUCCAACAGACAAGGAGGAAGUUGCAUUCAAAGACCUUGACAUAGCAAUUCUGGUUGGCUCCAUGCCAAGGAGAGAGGGCAUGGAGAGGAAGGAUUUACUCAAAGCCAAUGUGAAAAUUUUCAAGUCUCAGGGUGCAGCCUUGGACAAGUAUGCCAAAAAGACUGUCAAGGUUGUGGUGGUUGGGAAUCCAGCAAAUACUAACUGCCUGAUUGCAUCAAAGUCAGCCCCAUCAAUACCAAAGGAAAACUUCAGCUGCUUAACUCGUUUGGAUCAUAACAGAGCUAAAUCUCAGAUUGCUCUGAAACUUGGUGUGACUGCUAAUGAUGUGAAGAAUGUCAUCAUCUGGGGCAACCACUCCUCCACUCAAUAUCCAGAUGUUAACCACGCAAAGGUGAAUGUGAAAGGAAAGGAAGUUGGAGUUUAUGAAGCUAUAAAAGAUGACAGCUGGCUGAAGGGAGACUUUAUCCUGACCGUUCAGCAACGUGGAGCAGCCGUUAUUAAGGCUAGGAAGCUGUCCAGUGCGAUGUCAGCUGCCAAAGCUAUCUGUGAUCAUGUGAGGGACAUCUGGUUUGGCACUCCAGCGGGGGAAUUUGUUUCCAUGGGAGUAAUUUCUGAUGGCAAUUCUUACGGUGUUCCUGAAGAUUUGCUAUAUUCAUUCCCUGUUGUGAUCAAGGACAAGACCUGGAAGUUUGUUGAGGGUCUUCCUAUUAAUGAUUUUUCUCGUGAGAAGAUGGAUCUUACUGCUAAGGAGUUAACUGAAGAGAAGGAGACUGCUGUGGAAUUCCUCUCCAGUGCAUGACUAGGUGAUGAGGAAAUACAAAGUCAUUUAAGAGUGGAAGAAUCUAAAAGUCGUCUCUAAGUCUGCUACCAAACACUAUUACUGUAUUCAAGUCAACUGUCUGUGGCAAUUGUGCAUUUUAAAGUUCAUAUGCUUACUGGUACUGUUGUGCCUAUUGAGUUACUAGCAAAAAGAUUAUUAAAGAAGUGAAACUAG